AGCUUGUUAAACUUGUAGGCAGGCUACUUAGCAAGUUCACUGAGAUGGAUACUGGAACCAGCAUAUCACAUUUCAUCACGACGUACCAUCACCAGACUGGUAGAAACCAUAGAAACUCACUACGAAGAACGGAAUAAGGUUCCCCGGGCUGGCCAAGUUAGCGCGGCGUGCAUCCCGGCAACGUGGGUGUUUUGGCCGGCUGGACUGACGGUCACCAGGUAGCGGUCGCGUCUGACCCCAGAUCAGCAACAUGCUUAUCUUUCUCAACACAAAUCAGUAUGCUGGUGCAGAAGUUGUAUAGACAGCAGUGAGGAUGGGAGGUGGAGGCCAGCUAACGGAGCCAGAAGAGCCGAUCAGCGGGCGAGCUGCUGGUGUCUACACCUGGGAGGAGGUGCAAAGCCACUGCAACCGGAAUGACCAGUGGCUGGUGAUAGAUCGAAAGGUUUACAACAUCACACAGUGGGCCAAAAGACACCCAGGAGGGAUUCGAGUCAUCAGCCACUAUGCUGGAGAGAAUGCCACGGAGGCAUUCACUGCUUUUCAUCCAGAUUUAAAGUUUGUGCAAAAGUUUCUGAAGCCGCUGCAGGUUGGAGAGCUGGCAGCGACAGAGCCCAGCCAGGACCGAAACAAAAAUGCAACCAUCAUACAGGAUUUCCAUACUUUACGUGCUCAGGUGGAGAGCGAGGGUCUGUUUCGAGCUCGGCCUUUGUUCUUCUGCCUCCACCUGGGUCACAUCCUUCUGCUGGAGGCCCUCGCCUGGCUGAUCAUCUGGGUCUGGGGAACUAGCUGGACUCUGACCUUUCUGAGCGCCGUCAUGCUAGCAACCACUCAGUUGCAGGCUGGAUGGCUGCAGCAUGACUUUGGCCACCUGUCUGUCUUCAAGAAGUCCAGCUGGAAUCACUUGUUGCACAAGUUUGUCAUUGGUCAUUUGAAGGGAGCGUCUGCCAACUGGUGGAAUCACCGGCAUUUCCAGCAUCACGCUAAACCCAACAUCUUCAGUAAGGACCCUGAUGUCAACAUGUUGCACAUCUUCGUAGUUGGAGAAACUCAACCAGUGGAGUAUGGCAUAAAAAAGAUCAAAUAUAUGCCUUAUCACCACCAACACAAGUACUUCUUUCUCAUUGGACCACCGCUUCUCAUUCCAGUUUUCUUCAACAUUCAAAUAAUGUACACCAUGAUUUCCCGCCGUCAGUGGGUGGAUCUGGCUUGGGCUUUGUCUUACUACCUGCGCUACCUGUGCUGUUCUAUACCCAUGUUUGGCCUGUUUGGCUCAGUGGUGUUCAUCAGCUUCAUCAGGAUUUUGGAGAGUCACGGGUUUGUGUGGGUGACUCAGAUGAGUCAUCUGCCCAUGGACAUCGACCACGAGAAGAACCAGGACUGGCUGUCCAUGCAGUUACAAGCCACCUGUAACAUAAAGCAGUCCCUCUUCAACGACUGGUUCAGCGGACACCUCAACUUUCAAAUCGAACACCAUUUGUUUCCAACAAUGCCGCGCCACAACUACCACCUGGUGGCCCCGCUGGUCCGCGCACUGUGUGAGAAACAUGGGAUUCCUUACCAGGUGAAAACAUUGCAGCAGGGCUUCGCUGAUGUUUUCAGGUCACUGAGACAUUCAGGCGACCUCUGGCUUGAUGCAUAUCUGCAUAAAUGACAUCUUUUAUUCUUUGCACAGUACCUACAAGGGCUGCUGUCUCUUCUGUAUCAUACAUUGAUUAUAUCUGUUUGGUUCUAUAAUUCAGUUAAUGGUGUGGGAUUUAUCUUUUCUUAGUGUUGGUGUCAUAGUUCCGUUUUUUUAUGAUUCUGUGCCAGAUUUUUAGUGCUCACAGGAUUUCUCUGAUUUGCCUUACAGUGUCUUGAACAACAGUAGUAUGGCGUCAGGGACGUCACUAGGAUUUAAAGACAGGGGGUGCUUAGCCCCCAGGGUAUUUGUAACUUGUGUUUGCAAAAUCUUUGCACUCACAUGUUUUGUUACUGUAUU